AUGGAUGACGAUGUCUUGGAGACUGAGCCUCGCUCAUCUACUGGUAGGGGUAGGUGGACUCCACCUCAAUGGACACCAAACCAGUUGGUUUUCUGUUGUGAGAACCAUAUUUCUCACCGUCCACUUAUUAUCAUAGUCGAUGGCGUGCCUCGCCAUCAUGGAUCAGGAGCUGGAGACUUGAUUCCCCGGCUAUACGGGAUCAUCAUAGGAGAUCCUGUCACCAACACCUUGUGGGAGUCUACUGAUUACUCUUAUUGCAGCUUUGGUUCUAUGAGUACUUUCCUAGAUUGGGCCCUCGACGGCGCCGGGGAAUGGUCCAUGACUUUCCCAUCGGUGCCAACUGGUGUGACUGGGCGAGUCUCGGGUGGAGUCAGUACCGAGCCUACGGGGAUCACUGCGUCGGGGCACCACUACUAUUGGCGUUCUGUCGAGAUCCAGUAUCGACCUUGGGCUGGUUUGACUAACCUUUCCGAGGCUAUGAAGCUCUUGACGUAUCGUACUAUCUUCUUUGGUACAUUACGACCUGUUUGGUACCUUGUAGAGCGUGUGGUUCGUCAACAUAGCGCUGACCAUUUUGUAGUACCACUGCUUUCGCAGGAGUCGAUGUUGCAUUCGACUCAGUUGGUGUCUCUUGUAGGCAGAGAAGAGCGAUAUCAGUUUCCUUGGCAAGAGCUCGUGUGCAUGGAUGCUGGUUAUUCUGAGGACCUGCUUCCUUACUUAGCCCCUCCACCACGUCUUCCCGAGGGGGAAGGUUCAGCUCCUGCCUCAGUCUGCUCGUUACUCGGGCCAAUUGGUAUUGUUGAGGAGCAUAUUGCUGAUGCACUGGAGGGCUUCAGACAGGCGCAAGAGUCUCUACCCGAUGAGUUCGAGCCGGUCACGCACUCGGACAUGAUGGGGUUUAUGAGGUUGAUUGAUGCUUUGAAGCAUUGUGUCAUCAAGCUCCUACAUGGUGCGAGUUGUCGGAGUGGUUAUGGUGAUGUCCUCGAGCAAUGCUUUCAUUUACGCGAAGCGCUGAAUUUCUCCUAUUUCCAACGUUCAAUUCUCACUCUUUCUCCUAAUCUUCUUCUCUUCAAAUUUCAGCACUGUGUAUCUCCUUACAGCUUCAAGGUUUCGAGGUGUAGAGACGAAAAUUGCGAUGAUUUUUUGCCAUGGUUGGAGGAAAAAGCUGGAGUUCAGAUUUCUCAAUUUCUUUCGAUUGGAAAUUCUGAUUUUGGAAGGUCGUUGUUUGCUUGUAAGAGCAUACAAGCUGGAGACUGCCUUUUGAAAGUUCCUUUUAUAGUGCAAAUAUCUCCUGAUGAUAUCCUUCCUGAAAUUAAGCCUUUGGUUGCUGAUACAGUAGGGACUGUUGCAAAACUUGCAGUAGUUAUUCUAGCUGAGCAGAAAAAAGGUCAGAGCUCUGAAUGGGCUCCUUACAUCUCUAGUCUUCCUCAGCAUGGUGAGCUGAAUAGUACGAUAUUUUGGAGUGAAACAGAACUAGAGAUGAUACGACAAAGUUUAGUGUACCAGGAGACAAUUAACCAUGAUGCUCAAAUUAAACAAGACUAUUUGGUCAUCAAACCAGUUUUUGACCGCUUUCCUGAUGCAUUUGAGGAUGUUCAAUUUGACAGCUUUAAACAUGCCUACGGUAUAGUUGCAUCUCGAGCUUGGGAAAGUAUGAAGGGACAAUCGCUGAUUCCAUUUGCAGACUUUUUAAAUCAUGACGGAACCUCCGACUCCGUUGUAUUAUGUGAUGUAAAAGAUAGAUCAUCAGAGGUCAUUGCUGAUCGAGAUUAUGCUCCAGAUGAAGAGGUUUUGAUACGGUAUGGAAGGUUUCCGAACUCAACGCUUCUGUUAGACUUUGGUUUUACAGUCCCAUUCAACUUGUAUGACCAGAUUAUUAUUCACCUUGAUAUACCUUACAAUGAUCAUCUACGAGGAAUGAAGUUGGAUAUUCUGCAAAAGCAUUGUUUGUCAAAAGUCAAGGAUGCAAACUUCAGUCCUUCUGGGGCGUCUUUUGUGAUAAAGGAAGUAAGGUCGUCUAGAGGAAAAGGGAAGGGAAUUCCACAAUCACUUCGUGCAUUUGCUCGUAUUUUGUGUUGUACCUGUUCUCAAGAAUUAAAUGACUUGGUUGUCGAAGCUGCUCAACAUGAUGGCCGGCUAGCACGGCGUCCUUUGGGUAAUAGGACCUUGGAGAUACGAGCACAUGAGAUUUUGCUCUCGCUAAUCAAUAAGUUGAUUGAGGAAUAUGAUGUGUCAAUUAAGUCACUGCAUAUGCUAGAACCCAGAAACUGUAGGAAGUUUGCUAUCAGACAAAAAAUGGCGCAAGAUCUUCUCGCUGGGGAGGUUCGUGUCCUGAGAUCUGCGUCUGCAUGGUUGAAGAACUACUGUCAGUCGUAUCCAGAGCAAGGAAAAACAUCAUAAAUCCUUUAUGAGUACAGCCACAAGUUGAGUGACCCAAAUUAUCCUUCAGGUUCCAAUUAAUAUCAAACCAACCUGUUCGAUGGAGAUUGAUGAGAGAAAUUUUGUACAUCUCUACUUCCCUUCUGGUCCGUGCUCAUCCAUGUUUCAGGGUAGGGGUCCUUUUUUUGUUAGAGGUUUGUACCCCCCCCCCCCCCCCACCCCACGGAAGUGUAGCUAUGUAUUUGAUAGGGACUAGAAUAUUAAUUUUGUUUAAUUAUCUGGUAAUAGAGGUGGUAUUGUUUUAUUGGUUUUCACUAAAUUGUACUCCCUUCGUCCCCGCAUACCUACGACGUUUUUAACU